AAAUGUUGUAGUUUCAACCACACCUGAAGACAAACUGUUCCAUAUGCUGAAUGCAUAAAUUAGCUGUGUCCGUAUCUUAAAAUGUUGUAGUUUCAACCACACCUGAAGACAAACUGUUCUGUAUGCUGAAUGCAUAAAUUAGCUGUGUCCGUAUGUUAAAAUGUAGUUUCAACCACACCUGAAGACAAACUGUUCCGUAUGCUGAAUGCUUAAAUUAGCUGUGUCCGUAUCUUAAAAUGUUGUAGUUUCAACCACACCUGAAGACAAACUGUUCCGUAUGCUGAAUGCUUAAAUUAGCUGUGUCCGUAUCUUAAAAUGUAGUUUCAACCACACCUGAAGACAAACUGUUCCGUAUGCUGAAUGCUUAAAUUAGCUGUGUCCGUAUCUUAAAAUGUUGUCCUCUAGUCUUUCUGUCUGCAAUUUAACGUAUCUGUUUAAGCAGACUAACAGAAUUUUCUGUGUCAAGCAAAAUCCAGAAUUGAAAACAAUUACCUCUUCAGUAUAUUUCCAGCAGGAGAGAAAAGUUAGAAGAUCAUGCCUCCCAAGCGUAAAGUACGUCCACAUUUUGUAGAAGAAGGUAAACACAGUGGUGUUUACAAGUUUCCAAAAAUGCAUUCCAGUACACGACGUACAAAGAAUGGUGAAGUUCCAGAACAAGGAUUCUCCCAGAAGAAGUGUAUAGCUCUUUUUCGUGAGUACACUUCUAUAGAUGAUCCAGAUAUAAUUGGUCCUGAUGGAAUGGAGAAAUUCUGUGAAGACAUAGGAGUAGAACCAGAAGAUGUAGUUAUGUUAGUGUUAGCAUGGAAAAUGGAAGCCAAACAAAUGGGAUUUUUUAGGUUAUCUGAAUGGCUUAAAGGAUUGUCAGAUUUACAGUGUGACACUAUACAAAUAAUUCAAUCCAAGUUGGACUACCUCAGAUCUCUUCUAGAUGACCCAAUCAGUUUUAAAAGCAUCUACCGAUAUGCAUAUGAUUUUGCCAGGCAAUCUAAGUAUAAAGUUAUCAACAAGGACCAAUGGUGUAACAUCUUAGAAUUUAGUCGCCUUAUUCGUCCUGAUCUAUCAAACUAUGAUGAGGAUGGUGCAUGGCCAGUGCUGUUAGAUGAACUUGUUGAAUGGUUGAAAUCCCUUGAUUAGGUGUUUUUGUCAUGGCCAAUGGAGGGAGUAUUGACCUUACUGAUGUAAAAAACAGUUACUGAUUUUCAGUGUUCUAAUCAUUUGUGCAGGAGGAGCAGUAUUUAAGCAACAGAGUGACUGAAUAAAAGCAACUUGUACAUUGGUUGCUCCCCCUCCCAAAUUGUGGUAUGAGGUCACUUUGCUGACCUAAAGGCUUCCAGUGAUAAUCAGUGCCAGUGCUUCUGUAAGGUCAACUGACCUCUAGUUCAGGAUGUUGUUUUUUCUGUACAGAAUGGUUUACUUAUAGAAACAAAUAAAUUUACU